AGUAGAGUUCUGGGGUAUCAACGUGGCGAUAGGACGUACACGAUAAAGCGAUGACUCCUCAAGUUCUCUUCGUCACCGUCGCUUCCAUUCCACCCCUUGAUGGCCUCGAUGCUGCUUCCAUGGUUAGAUUGUCAUUUCGCUGUUGCCAAAGAAGGGCUACACCGUGUUGUGCGGCUGGAAGAUUACCUUCGGGCCUUUAUUGUCGGCCUUGCAAGUUGGCUGUGUCUGGUCUUCGCGACACAGACGAGCACCACUUGCGCAUGUUCUUGGUUCGAAUGUUGUCACAUCAUCAGGCUGGGCAGCCAGAAGGUGCCGAAGUCGCAUCCAUCGCACCGUGAGCAAACCAUUAUUACCUCAGGCGCGUUCCUCUCGAGCGCUAACUUUCUACCAAAUUCUCUCUGCGCAGAUCCUUCUCACUCCCAGGCUCUCGCCCGAAAAAAUCAUCUUGGCACACCCCCAAAUAAAUUCGAUUAUAUCCAUAAACAAAAUGUUCCGGUGCAGGACCAUGGGAACCCAGAGCCGCGGAGCGCAGAACGCAGCGACGAUGCUCCACCGCAUUUCCGCGAACUAUGGGUGCCUGUGGAUCGAGAUUCUGGCAAGGCCUAGCAAUUUAGGGAAUAGUGGGGUAUUGAUUGACGGGAUCGAACCGCAGAAUGCGGGGGGAUGUUACACUCUCGGAGGAUGAACUCAAAAAGAAUGCAUUUUCGUGCAUUUUCGUACACAGCCUGGCGAAUGAGCGGGUUGUAAGGUUUAUUCACUAGUUACGUUCGUUAUCCUCGUGGGUUUCGUGCGGAGGAUAUUCUGUUCACGUUCCAAUACAAAAAUUUGACCUUGACAGAGGCGUGAAUUUAAUUUGAA